AUGGAUAUGAAAAAUUUUCAUCAUGUUAUUCACUAUGGUGCUAUAUUUGAUAUAGAGUUGUAUGUACAGGAAUUUGGGAGAAAUGACAAACCAUCUCAUUCCGUUAUUUUGUAUCACACAAAUGUAUGCAGACGGGUGAAACUUUAUGAAGAUUUUGCAAGUCUGGAAAUAAAUCAAUUGAAAAACAAAGUAUUAUAUCACAGUUGUUGUGAUAUUUGUGUAUCUAAGUGUUCAUGUGGACAUGGCAAAGAUGGGAGUAGUUAUAUUGAAAGACAUCUUAUUCAUUACUGUGCAGAUAGUGAUAGUGUUAGCAGUGACAGUAUAGAGUCUGAUGCAAAAAUUGAGAAUAGCUCAUCAAGCACUGGUACAGAGGACUGA